GAUGACGCCUCCAGCUCCUCUGACUCGGAAGAAGCUGAGCAGUUCCGUCCAAUGGACGCCUCGCAAAGACAAAGACUUCAUAAUGCUCAGUUUAAUGUUCUCCUGUCCAAGCGCGCUGUCACAGACUCCUCUAACACGGGAAGACGUACAGCUCCUGAAUUGCCUGACGCCCAGCUUUCAACGGCUCGUUUGUUAGCAAAACACGAUCUCGGAACUGGUGCAUUGGAUCCAAGAGACUAUCAGGUGGAGUUGUUUGAAAGAGCCAAAACACAGAAUACAAUUGCCGUGCUUGAAACUGGUUCUGGAAAGACAUUGAUCGCAGUGCUGUUGCUCAGGCAUAUAAUACAAAAUGAGCUCAACGACCGUGCUCAAGGGAAACCGCAUCGCGUAUCUUUUUUCUUGGUUGAUAGCGUCACCCUCGCGUUCCAGCAAGCAGCAGUGCUGCGUCACAAUCUCGACCAGAGUGUUGGGCAAUUCUUUGGAGCCAUGGGGACCGAUCUCUGGAAUAAGGAAGUGUGGGAUGAGCACUUCAAGUCGAACAUGGUUCUCGUCUGCACCGCCGAGAUCCUACACCAAUGCUUGCUUAACUCAUACAUCAAGAUGAAUCAGGUCAACCUGUUGAUUUUUGAUGAGGCCCACCAUACCAAGAAAGAACAUCCCUAUGCACGGAUUAUACGCGACUCAUAUCUGAAGGAGGAUGCUUCAAAACGGCCAAGAAUUUUCGGAAUGACUGCUUCUCCAGUGGACACCAAAGGCGAUGUAGUGGAUGCUGCAAUGCGACUCGAGACGCUGCUAGAAAGCACUAUUGCUACAACAUCACAGGCCAGCUUACUGCGGCAAUACGUUAGUCGUCCACUGGAAGAAGUAUGGACGUACGAUAGACUAGAACCGCCAGUGGCCACCGUUUUAUACAAAGAACUUCAUCAACGCUUCGGUGAUCUAGAAUGUCUUAAAAGCACCUUUAGAUUUGCCUGGCAGGCGACUUCUGAGUUGGGCAGUUGGUGCUCGGAUAGAGCUUGGGUACGUGCUUUAGCUGACGACGUCUUACCCAGACUAGAAGGCAAAAUCAACAAGUCCAUUGUUCCCAAAAGUUCAGCUAGAGACUCCCAGGACGCACAUGCACAGAUUUUACAAGUCAGAGAGGCCAGCGACUUAAUCAAGAGUCAUGAACUUGGCAGCCCUCACGCUCCUGGAGCGCUAAGCUCUAAAGUGCAGCUACUUCAUGCCGAGCUGGAGAAGCGCUUUUUGGAUCCAGACCAACCGAAAUGUAUUGUCUUUACAGAGAAGCGAUACACCGCGAUGAUGUUAUUCGAGCUCUUUCAAAGUGCAGCAAUUCCCUUUCUCCGACCUGGUCUGCUUGUUGGAGUUCGAUCAGGCGACGUUGCUGGAAUGGGUAUAACCUUGCGCCAGCAAUUCCUUACGUUGAUUAAAUUCCGAGAAGGAGAGAUCAACUGCCUGUUCGCUACAUCCGUAGCCGAAGAAGGCCUGGAUAUCCCAGACUGCAACCUUAUCGUCAGGUUUGAUCUAUACCAAACACUCAUUCAGUAUGUACAGAGCCGUGGUCGUGCCCGCCACCACAAGUCGGCCUAUGCAAUUAUGGUAGAGAAGUGGAAUUCGCAACAUGAAGACCGACUUUCGACCGUUAAAGACGCAGAGAGCAUGAUGCAGCAGUUCUGUGAGGCUCUACCGCAGGAUAGAUUACUGCAUGGAAACGAUGAUCUAGAACAGGUCCUGGAGAAAGAAGCUGGCAAGAGGACUUUUACCAUUCGCGCAUCUGGCGCCAAGUUGACCUAUCAUUCUGCCAUUGCAGUACUUGCUCGCUAUGCCAGCUCGCUGCAGUACGAGAAAGAACAAGAUGCGAAGGUGCACUAUGUGGUUCUUCCUAUGAACAAUGCUUUUGUUUGCGAGGUUAUGCUACCUGAGAAGUCGCCCGUUGCAGGAGUUACUGGAAGUCCAGAAAUACGAAAAUCGACAGCAAUGCAGUCUGCAGCGUUUGAUACAUGCCUUCGUCUACGCAAAGCCGGUUUGCUUGACAAGUAUUUCAAUUCGAUGUUCCGACGUCGUCUACCUGCGAUGAGGAAUGCCAAACUCGCGAUAACUUCCAAGCAGACUAGUCAGUAUGAUAUGAUAGUCAAGCCAUCAUUCUGGAUUGAAAGGCGUGGCGAGCUUCCAAAUAGCCUCUAUGUGACCGUCAUCAUCUUCAAACCAUUGGGUCCGCUGACAAGAGAACACUCAAGUCUCAUAUUGCUGACUAGGAACCCGCUCCCGCAUUUACCAGCUUUUCCCAUCUAUCUCGAUGAGGACAUAGAGACGACAGUGGACUUGGUCACAUUGCGGGAACAGCUCGCAAUCUCAAAGACUGAACUGCAAUAUUUGACAACUUUCUUUCUUCGAGUGUUCAGUGAUGUCUUUCACAAGACUUAUGACCGUCAACCCGAGAUGAUGACGUAUUGGCUUAGUCCAACACAUUUGCAAGACACGCCUGGCCGAGACGCAAGCCCUAGAAGCCUGGUUGACUGGGGGAUCCUCCGCUAUAUGCACCAGCACGAAACCCUUGCAGUUCCAAGACAUACAGAUCCAGAGUAUCUGGUGAAUCGUUUAGUGUUUGAUAACUGGAACGGAGCAUGCAGAUACUUUACUCUUGCGGUUGAGAAAACUCUACGCCCUUCAGAUCCCCCACCCUCCUUCGUGGCACGACGUCGGCAAAUGAGUGAUAUCAUGACCUAUAGCACUAGUCUGUCGAAGAACUCGCGUGCUAAAUUCCUCUCGACCUGCAACUGGAACCAGCCUGUCCUGAGGGCAGAAUUAGUUCGCCUUCGCAGGAACUUGCUAGACAAGAUGACGGACGCAGAAAGAGAAGUGGAAACGAGGUGUUUCAUCUGUGUAGAGCCACUCAGGAUCUCUGCGAUCCCUGCCUCGACAGCUGCAUCAUGUUUGGCUUUUCCUGCCAUUAUCUCCAGGGUCAAUUCGUAUCUAGUAUCCCUUGAAGCUUGCACCAGAUUGGAUCUCACGAUCAAAGUCGAGUUCGCCUUAGAAGCGAUGACCAAGGAUGCAGACAACACAGAGGAUCACCGAGCCCAGCAAAUCCAUGUUCGGAGGGGUAUGGGAAAGAAUUACGAGCGACUCGAAUUUCUAGGCGACUGUUUUCUAAAAAUGGCCACCUCGGUUGCUCUUUUCGCACAGAAACCCGACAACGAUGAGUUUGACUACCAUGUCAGCCGAAUGUGUCUUGUUUGCAACAGGAAUCUGUUCAACACGGCGUUAAAGAAGGAGCUUUACAAGUAUAUACGGACUCAAGGGUUCUCCCGGCAUACCUGGUAUCCGGACGAAUUGAACCUCCUGCGGGGAAAGGAUCAUAGCAAGCAGAUGAGUUCCGAGAGUAAACAUGGCCUCGGCGAGAAAACCAUUGCAGAUGUCUGUGAGGCAUUGAUUGGGGCAUCUCUUCUCACUGGAGGGCCUGAUCAUCGAUUCGACAUGGCGGUCAAAGCAGUGACUGCUCUCGUAGACGAUGCAAGCCACAGAGUCACUUGUUGGAGGGAAUACCAGAAACUGUACACCAUGCCGCAAUUUCAAGUUCAGGAUGCUGAUGGCUUUGAGCUGAACUUAGCCCGACAGGUGGAGGGCAAGCUUGGUUAUCAUUUCAUAUAUCCCCGACUGUUGCGGUCUGCCUUCACUCACCCUUCGCUUCCCUCUGCUUGGGCCAAGGUUCCUUGCUACCAACGUCUGGAGUUCCUUGGGGAUGCUUUGCUUGACAUGGUCUGUGUCGAAGACAUAUUCCACCGAUUUCCUGAUAAAGAUCCUCAGUGGCUUACGGAGCACAAGAUGGCAAUGGUGUCCAACAAGUUCCUUGGUGCGUUGGCGGUCAAGUUGGGUCUGCAUACACAUCUGAAACACUUCAGCAACCCUCUGCAAUCGCAGAUAACUCUAUAUGCGGAGGCAAUGCAGAUCGCGGAAAGCGACAGCAACGGCGCCGUGGAUUACUGGGUCGAUGCCAAUGACCCUCCCAAGUGCUUGCCGGAUAUGGUGGAGGCUUACUUAGGGGCCGUUUUCGUGGACUCCACCUUCAACUUCGAGGUGGUUGAACUGUUCUUCCGUCGCUUCAUCAAGCCCUACUUCGAGGAUAUGACCAUCUACGACACGUUUGCGAAUAAGCAUCCAACUACCUUCCUCCACAAUCGGCUAGGAAUCGAGUAUGGUUGCUUAGAUUACUGCCUCAAAGCUGGGGAGAUGCCCACUGCCGACGGAUCUCAAGGAGAUGUGCUAGCCGCGGUGUUCGUGCAUGGCGCCGUCAUUGCCGAAGGAGUCUCCUCGUCCAGCCGCUACGCCAAAGUCAAAGCUAGUGAAAAAGCACUGGUGGCUCUAGUGGGACUAAGCCGGGAGGAAUUUCGCCAGAAAUAUGGUUGCGACUGUCGGAAGGUGAGCGACAAGGCGGAUCAAGAGAUUGGGACGGCGGUGUGAGGAUGAAAGUGAAUGCUAUGGCAUCGGAUGUAGAUAUUUG